AGCGAGGUUCCCGCCGGCAGCUGCGGUGCCCGGCACGCUGCUCUGCCCCGGGCGGGCGGGCGGCUGAGGCGGCACCAUGAAGAGGAGAGCAGGGGAGCGGGAGAAAGAGCUGAAGAAAAAAAAACUUCUUGAAGAAAUUGGAGAGAAUAGACUUCCAUAUAUGACUCCAGCCGAUGACGAUUUCCAUCAGUUGUGGAAAACCAAAUAUUCCAAGCUGAUUUUCCGAAAAUCUGAGACAGUACCUGAAGAGCUCCAUCAAAUGGUGCAAAAAGGCUUUCUGACCUUGCGAGAACACGAUUGUUUCUUUCAAGAUCUUGUAAGGAUCAAAGGAAAAGAUUUCCUUACUCCAGUGUCUCGUAUAUUAAUUGGAAACCCAGGAUGCACUUACAAGUACUUGAAUACAAGAUUGUUUACAGUUCCUUGGCCUACUGAAGGUUAUGAUAUAAAAUAUUGCAGUCCUCAGAUACAUGAUGCUUGUAAAGCAUUAAUCAGACUUAAUGACUACUUGCAUAUUGAAGCAGUCAAGACAUUACAAGGACAAAAUUUAUGUGAGACCAAAGAAGUUAAAGAUACCACUGUAAUAGAUAGGGAGCAAAGUUUUGCUACUUCUCUUACGGAGCAAGGGCCUGUUUCAAAAGAUCAAAGCGGUGUUUGUGGACCAGGGGAUGACUCCAUAAGUCUAAAGAACAGAACAUCUUAUAACCUGACUUUAUUAAAUUAUAUGGAUCCACUACAAAUGCUGUACUUGAAACAAGAACCUUAUUUUGGAAUGGGGAACAUGGCAGUGAGCUGGCACCACGACGAGAAUCUGGUUGAAAGGUCAACGGUUGCUGUGUACAGUUACAGCUGCGAAGAUUCAGCUGUGGGAGAGAGCAAUGAACAAGAACUGAAGGGAAGAGACCCAGCUGUUUGGCACGUAGGCUUGAAGGUAGCGUGGGACAUCGAGACACCUGGAUUAGCAAUACCACUUCACCAAGGAGACAUCUACUUGAUGCUUGAUGAUCUCAAUAUGACACAUCAGCACUGUGUUCUGGCUGGUUUGUCACCUCGAUUCAGCUCAACUCAUCGAGUGGCAGAUUGUUCUAGAGGAACAUUGGAAUACAUAUUUGGACAAUGUGAACUGGCACUCCAGAAUUUACAGACUGAUUCUGAUUCCAUGGCUUUAUCUUUGAAAUCACUGGAAGCUGCAGUUGUGAAGCGAGUAGAAGAAAUACAUAAUGAGGUUGAAUUUGAGUGGCUUAGGCAGUUUUGGUUCCAAGGCAAGAGGUAUUUGAAGUGCACUGAUUGGUGGCUUAAACCUAUGGCUAAAUUGGAAGAAUUUUGGAGAAAAAUGGAGAUUAUGACAAGUUUGGUCCUCGCUGAAGUUAGAAAAGAACAACAAAUUGAGGAACAAAGGAAAGAAAUCAUCAACUGCUUCCUGCUGGUCCUUAAGGAGCGACAAAGGCUGCGUAAGGAAUGGACUGUGAGAUGCCAGUCAGACGCAGCAGAGAGCUUGCCAGAAGACCAGAAACCAGAAUGUCAUCCCUUCUGGACAGGUGAUGAUGAAUGUAAUAUGCCUCUGCCAUAUGAUCUUGAAGAAGUAAUUGCUUAUCUACAAAAUCUUACUCAAUGGACAACAAGUGACCUUCCAGCCUAGAAUUAUUGAUGCUCAUCAUCUGGGGAAAAGCUUUGUAAUUUAACAUAAAUCCUUUUCAGCUUUAUGAUUCCUCCAUGUGUUGUUUUAUGUGUCAAUGCAGAUUUCACCAGUCAUCACACAGUACCUUGGUUACUGUCUCAUAAUAAAAAAGACUAGCCCCCAAAUUUACAGAAAUGAGUUUAAGACCUGAAGUCCAGGAACCAGUCUUUAUUCUGUCCUCCUCUGCUCUAAUUCCCAUUGACCCUACAGCCCAUGGAUAUCCAUGUUUCAUAGAAGCACAGAAUGGAUCAAGUUGGAAGGGACCACAGUGGGA